CGUUUCGUUUUUAAAUUAAAAUACUUCAACAAUUACCGUAUCUGUUUCAUUUUCAACCAGUGAAGUUAUAAAAUCAGAUCUAGAUCAAUGUGAUCAUAAAUCCUGUGAUUUAGCUGGUAAAAAAGUGAAGUGUUGCUUCAGUAAGUGUCCAAUGUUAUCUUCAAUAUUAGAAUUAGAAUAAUAAAUCAUCCCGUUAAGCCGGUGAUGUUACACCCGUAGAUAUGCGCAAAAAAUGGUUCCUCUUAAAAAGAACCUCCUUGUGGUUCCUAACAGUUCCGAUAAGUGCUAACUCGAAUCGGUGAUAAAUGGUGUUCCAAAAAAUGAGGAAUCCCGGAUUCCUUUUUGAACAUGCCCGACAUGGAUACAUUCAGUACAUUAGUUUAAGUGAGUGUUAUUUCGCGGGAAAAGGCGCUGCGUUGGUUCUGCCGCCAAAUGAACGAGCCAGACCAUCUCGCCGGGUAUCCUCAGCAGGAUGCGAUAUCCAACAGCAUCUACAGUCCAUGUUUUACCUGCUCAGACCCGAGGAAACCUUGAAAAUGGCCGUGAAGCUGGAGUCGGUGCAUCCGGGAAGAACACGUUACCUGGUAGUUGUGUCCUGCAAUGGUCGACAGGAUGCUGAAGAGAGUUGUCUGCUCGGUAUCGACUGUCAUGCAAGAGCGACUGUCGGUCUGGUUCUCCGGGUUCUGGCUGACACCGCCAUCACCCUCGACGGCGACGGGGGCUUCAGCGUAAGCGUAUGCGGUUGUCAGCACAUCUUUAAGCCGGUGUCUGUUCAAGCGAUGUGGUCAGCACUGCAGACAUUGCACAAAGUAUCGAGCAAAGCACGAGAACAAAACUAUUUUUUGGGCGGAUUGUCUCAUGACUGGGUCAGCUACUAUGAGCAGAGAAUCGAGAGUGACCGGUCGUGUCUCAAUGAGUGGCAUGCGAUGGAUAAUCUUGAAUCUCGGAGGCCGCCAUCGCCAGAUAGUGUUAGGCAUAAACCACGAGAGCGAGAAGAAACCGAAGGUGUAAUCCGCGCCACCUUGAAGGAAAUAAUGAUGUCCGUGGACUUGGACGAGGUAACCUCCAAAUACAUACGCGGCAGACUAGAGGAGGAUCUUGAUAUGGAUCUCGGAGAAUUCAAGCCGUUUAUUGAUCAAGAAAUGCUCACUAUUCUCGGGCAAAUGGACGCUCCUACUGAAAUUUUUGACCAUGUGUAUCUCGGCAGCGAGUGGAACGCCAGCAACCUUGAGGAGUUACAAAAGAAUGGGGUAAAACACAUCUUAAACGUAACAAGAGAAAUCGACAACUUCUUCCCAGGAAUGUUCAACUACCUAAACGUCCGAGUGUACGACGACGAGAAAACGGACUUACUAAAGCACUGGGACGACACCUUUAAAUAUAUAACAAAAGCCCGCAAAGAGGGUUCCAAGGUGUUGGUGCAUUGCAAGAUGGGUGUAUCGCGUUCAGCCUCGGUGGUGAUAGCCUACGCAAUGAAAGCCUACAACUGGGAUUUUUCCCAGGCUUGGAAGCACGUCAAGGACAAGCGGAACUGCAUAAAGCCGAACAACAACUUCCUGCUCCAAUUAGAAACUUACCAAGGAAUCCUGGACGCGAUGAAGAACAAAGAAAAGCUGCAGCGUUCCAAAUCAGACACUAACUUAAAGUCUCCGACGACAGGUGGCGCCGCGCGUCCCGGCCGAACGAAGGCCGAGAGUGACAAGAACAGUGUUCCGAGCCAGUCGUCCGGAACCGAGCUAAAGAAAUCUGGAAAGAGGCCCAAGAGCUGGUCCCCGUACAUCGAGAUGGUCGACAAUGUUCUCCCGGCCUUGUCCCAGUCUCUGGAAAGCAUCGACAAGACCGGAACCGAGAUCACCCGCGAGGAACUGCUCAGGAACGUACAAACCACCAAGUUGGUUCCUGAGCACGAGUCCAGGAACGUUCUGAUGCCUUGCGACAACGGACAGUCCUACAGCGUAUCCCAGAACCAGAUAGUCCAUCUUCCCGGACCGGAUAAUAAUAAUCCGGGGAACAAGCUUGAGUCUCAAGGUCAUCGUCGACGAGGGCUCGUGUUGAAUCUGACGAACCAGUUCGAGUCUGGCAGCAAGCCAUCGUCGCCUGAGUCAGACCUUAAAGCUAGUCCAGAGAACGAGGAGACCCAGAAAAUGGACACUGAUUGUCUAGUCUGGACGGAACCGAAGCCAGGAACCGAUAAAAACUCUGAAUCUGUCCAAGUUCCGUUGAUAAAUGUCACUAGCGCCACCUGUGCGAUCUUAGGGACAACUACUGCCACUGAAACAGCCACUUGUUCCACUGGAACCGCUGGAACAGUUGGAACAGCCACAUAUGUCACUGGAACAGGAACAUGUUCCAGUGGAACCGUUGGAACAGGUACUGUUGGGAACAGUAGCGCCAUCUCCGGUAGACGAAGAACUAAAAAAGAAGGUGAUUUGUUCAGCGCACAGGUAGACAAAGUGUUUGACCGUGAGGAACGGCGGGAACCGCGGGAACUUCCUAGCAGACAAAGUUCCUGGAGCAGCUACGACAGCGCAGUAGUUCUGGAUAACUCUGUCCACAGUUCCUGGGCGACUUUGCCCUCCAGGAACAGCAGUUGGGGUUCCUAUGACAUGCGUUCCAACCCAGACCCUCUCGGUUCCAGCGGACUGUUCCCUUAUGACCGUGAAGAAAUCCCUUGGCACCCUGGAACCGUGAAGAGAACCAAGCAGAAAAUUGAGGAAGGAACAGGAACCAAACGGGUGUGUACCCAGAACGAUGAUAAGGUCGAGAGGGUUGAUAUUACGGAACCGUUCCAGGAACCGAAGGAAACUGUUGAUAGUCCGGUAGGUGGCAUUGACAUUUCUUCAACGGGAAUCACCAGGCAAAUUGGCAGGCUGUCUACCAGCGCACCAGUGCCCUCUGCCUUGGAACCUGAGUUACCGACAGCGCCACUUAGAACUUGUCGGUCGGAAAGCGAGACUUCGAGUCCUUGUGUGGUAAAUACGCCGCAGUGUCCGUCGGUGAAGCAUCAUAAGAUGAUUCUGGAGAAUCUGACCAAGCCGAACUUUGGAAAAAGGUGCUUGUCUGUAGACGAUUCCCCGGAACCGCCUUGUUCCUCGUCGAGUUCCUCCAGUUCCUCAAGUUCCGAAGGUUCCAGGAACAAGUCGGGAAUUGUUAAGAACCUUAAGAAGGAAUUUGAGGCGAAAAGUAAGUUUGAAAAGAGUCCGGAAGGUUCUGGUGAUAAUGUUACCGACUGGGCGUCGGUAAAAAGGGACAAGAUAAGGAGCCUCCCCUCCUCACCGGUAAUUGCUCAUAAUGAGACAAAGAUAAGAACUUCUUCGAGUGUCAGUGCGACCUCUAUUAAAGAUGAUGAUUUAGAAGACCUCUCGGUGAAGGUUCUUGUUGGAAAAUACGAGGUAAAACCUCCCGGUUCCAAGGACGAGGUUAAAAAACCCGAAGUUCUGCUGCGCGCGCACAAUUUAGAAGCUCACCCGCCGGCUAAAGCGAAAAUUGCGCCGCAAGAGUUCGCGCGCAGGUCUGCGCCCAUUAUUAUUAAUUCAGCGGUUUUCCUGCCAGAGGCCAGCGCUGGAGAGGCGCCUGGGAGGCCACCUAUCGUUCCCUCCCCGCAAGCUGUUGUCGCGAGUGUCGUUAAAGCCGCGAAAAAACAACAACAACAUGGCCGUACUCAUCCGCUCACCAGGCUGCAGGUCAGGCCUAGGCACAGCAGCCCCGUUUACAAUACUAUGUAAAUUUAUAUUUAUAUUUAUUUUUUUGGUUAUUUACUAUUAUUAUUAUUGGUAUAUAUUAUACACUUUUAGUACCGACGAAUAUUUUGCUACAUACUGACUUUUCAUUCGUCUUGUGUGAUCUCGUCAGCGCUAAUUUUACAGUCAUAAAUACUCAAAUCCACUGCCAAGUGGACUUAUUUAUAAAUAUUAUUAUUAUUAUAAGUGUGUGGUUAGGUUUAAUUGUUUGUAAUUAUUAGAAGUAGCUUUGCUUUAUUUUUUAAUACUAAUUUCGUUGAUAAGAGCUCGGUUUUUUAGUUAAAUGCUGGGUUUUUUUAUUGUCAUUGCUUAUAGGUUAUGAUUUUAUGACGGAUAUUAUUUUUGACAGACUUAAUUAUUAUUAUAUUGAAGAGAAAUUUAGUAAAAAAAAUUAAUUUCAGUUUUUUAGACGUUAAAAUUCCAUUUUAAACAAUUUAGUGACUGCGCAUGCACUAUAAAUGUUCCAAGUACUCAAAAAAUGGAACUUGUUUAUCAAUAGUGAUGUUUUAUAUUAUUUAGAACGGAAUCGUGUGACAAAUCUAAUAAAAAAAAAUUUAUUUCAGUUAAAUAGACGUUCAAAUUAAAUUCAGAUCUAGGAAAUAGCUGCGCACAUGCGCAAAAAAUGUUCCAUUGAGCCAAAAAUGGAACUUGUUUAUCAAUAGUAAUGUUUAAUGUAAUUUUAAAGGGAAAUAUGACAAAUUUUGUUGAGAACUAUUACUUAGAAGUUAAAAUUGAGUUUUGAACAAGGAACUAGCUAUGCACAUGCGCAGAAAUUGUUCCAUAAAGCCAAAAAUGGAACUUGUUUAUUGAAAGUAAUGUUUAAUGUAAUCUGGAACGAAAAUUUAUGAUAAAUUUUGUUAAGAACUAUUAUUUUGGAAUUAAAAUUGAGUUUAGAACAUGGAACUAGCUGCACGCAUGCGCAGAAACUGUUCCAUGGAGCCAAAAAUGGAACUUGAUUAUCAACAGUAAUGUUUCAUGUAAUUUAGAACAGAAAUUUAUCACAAAUUUGAAUAAGAACAAUUAUUUAGAAGUUAAAAUUGAGUAUAGAACAAGGAACUGAUUCUGCGCAUGCGCAGAAAUUGUUCCAUAAAACCAAAAAUGGAACUUGUUUAUCAAUAGUAAUGUUUAUAAUUAUUUUGAACAAAAAUUUAAGACAAAUUUUGUUAAGAACUAUUAUUUAGUAUUUAAAAUUGAGUUUAGAACAAGGAACUAGUUGCUCGCAUGCGCAUAAACUGUUCCAUGGAGCCAAAAGUGGAACUUGUUUCAGCGUAAUUGUAUUUUGACUUUAAAUCGAGCAAAAUAACUUCCGUCAGAGGAACAUAACCUAAAAUAAUA